AUGUCUCAAAGCAACGGCACGAACGGCUUUUCAACGCCUCAUCCUCGACUAGGCCAUCCAUCCCUGCCCGAGAGUAAUGAUGAUCCAGCAUGCAUUAUCGGGAUGAGUUGUCGUAUGCCUGGGGGGGUUUACUCGCCUACGGACCUCUGGGACUUUAUCAUUCAAAAGAGGACAGCACAGGGCAGAAUGCCCUCGGAGCGGUUUAACAUUGAUGGCUUCCUCAAACGCCCAGGUGAAAAGAGCCAUGCGGGCGUCGUUGAGCCUGAAGGCGGGUACUUUUUGCGGGGGGACACUCGGAGAUUUGAUAAUCAUUUCUUCGGCAUUAACAACUUGGAAGCCAUGUACAUGGACCCCCAGCAACGAAAUCUACUAGAAGUGGUGUAUGAGUGUAUUGAAGGUGCCGGAGUUCCUAUGGAUCGUGUCGCUGGCUCGAAUACCGGAGUGUAUGUUGGAAACUUCACUGGGGAUUAUGCGAGCGGUCAGGUGCGUGAUCUAGACUAUUUUCAUCGGUAUCACGCCACGGGAUUGUCGCCGGCCCUCAUGUCCAAUCGUAUCAGCUAUGUCUUUGAUAUGAGAGGCCCUAGCCUCACUUUGGACACAGCAUGCUCCUCUUCCAUGUAUGCACUCCACACCGCUAUUAAUGACCUCAAUACCGGUGAGUGCGAUGGGGCCAUUAUUGCGUGCGCCAACCUUCUAGGAGGGCCUGAGCAGCAAUUGAUGACCAUCACGGGAGGGGUAAUAUCUCCUACAUCGUCUUGCCACACCUUUGAUGAGUCGGCAGAUGGGUAUGGACGAGGCGAGGCUGUCAAUGCGCUUUACAUCAAGAAACUUUCCGCCGCUCAGAGAGAUGGGGACAGAAUCAGGGCCAUCAUCCGCAGUGCGGCAAUUAAUGCAGAUGGUCGGACGCACGGCAUAUCGCAGCCGAGCUCUGACGCACAAGAGGCUCUGAUUCGAAGAACUUAUCAGAAAGCCGGUAUCGACAAGUCAGGCACUGAUUAUGUGGAAUGUCAUGGCACAGGAACACCCGUGGGAGAUCCUAUCGAAGUGGCAGGUGUUGGGCGAGCAUUCGAAUGUGGACCUGAUCGACCAUUAAUGAUUGGAUCGGUGAAAACGAAUUUCGGGCAUAGCGAGGCUGCAAGUGCCAUUACGUCUAUUAUCAAAGUCACUCUCGCCCUUGAAAGUGGCAUUAUUCCCCCGACUUUUGGCAUCAAAAAAAUCAACCCAGCACUAAAGCUCGAAUCAUUUAACAUGCAGGUUGUACAAAAAGCGCAGCCAUGGCCCAGGGCGUUACGGAGAGCAAGUGUAAACUCCUUUGGCUUUGGGGGAGCAAACGGGCACGCCAUUCUAGAGUCAGUACAGAGUUACUUUCAAGGAAAGGGCUUGAAGGAGGCAAAGAAGGCAAAUGGUGUCCAUCCAAGGACAGGUUCAAUUAUUCUUCCAGUUUCUGCUGCCACGACAGAUGCCCUUCAAGCGAGAAUGGAUGGGACCGCCAAGGCAAUCGAGACGCAUAAAACGGAUUCGACCUAUGUCGAGAAAUUGGCAUUCACUCUGACCCAGAGACGGUCUCAUAUGAAGUAUCGAAAUUUCCUCGUCGCUAAAGAGGGAAUUUCUGGUAUUGAGGUUGACAGCUUCCCCUCAGUGGCCAGCAUCCCAUCCGUCGACAAGACUGCUUCAGUGCUGCCAAUCGUAUUUGUCUGCACUGGCCAGGGUGCCCAAUACCCCGGAAUGGCAAAGGAACUACUACAGAGCAGUGCAAGAUUUGCUGCUACCAUCCGCAGCCUUGACGAGGACUUGAAAAGUGUGCCUGAGCGACCGGGCUGGUCAAUUCAGGGGACCAUUUCAGAUUCUUCGUCCGCUGACCAGGUCCAUCAUGUCACUCGAAGCCAGCCCGUCUGUACUGCCAUUCAAAUUGCUUUGAUUGACACACUCGCCGACUGGGGCAUUCGACCCGCCUCCACCGUAGGCCACUCUUCAGGCGAAAUUGCUGCGGCGUAUGCUGCAGGUUUUCUAUCGGCGAGGCAGGCAAUUCUCACGGCCUAUUACCGAGGGUAUGCUGUCAACAGAUUAGCUACCUCAGGUCGAAUGAUGGCUGCAGGAAUAUCAAACCAAGAGGCAUCAGAGCUCAUUCACGAAAAAGGCCUCGGGAACCUGGUCCGUGUGGGUUGUGUCAACUCUCCGAAGAGCGUUACAUUGAGUGGAUCUUUGUGUGGCAUAGAGAGCCUCCGUCAAGAACUAGAAGCACGCGGUUCUUUUGUCCGUCUGUUGGAGACAAAUGGGCGCCCUUAUCACUCACACAUCAUGAAGGAGAUUAGCCACUUAUACGAGGAACUACUCGAACCAGUGUUCAAGGAUGGCCAUGUCCGAACAAGGCCGGCAGCGACGAUGUACUCAUCAGUCGGCCGUGAUAGUGAUAUUCUAAGGGUUUUCGAUCACAAGAUAUCCUCGCCAGCACGAUACUGGUGUGAGAAUCUCGAGAGACCUGUUCAGUUCGGUCCAGCGGUAGAGAAUCUGACCGUGAACAUGAAUAUGGGCAAACUGCAUAUCAUCGAAAGUGGUCCGCAUGCUGCCCUCAGAGGCCCUCUUGAGCAAAUUCGGAAAGGAUUGAAUAGUCCAGAGCACGAUUUUAUCUACUCCUCGACCCUCGACCGCAAGAAAAACUCGGAUAAAUGUAUGCUAGAGCUCGCUGGAACGCUCUUCCAGCAUGGAUAUGAGCUCCAGUGGCCGGCUGUCAACGGUAUGGGUCACAAGCAACUGGAGCCCAUCCCCGACCUCCCACCUUACCCUUGGGACUAUUCUGGUGGUAUAUUAUUCACGGAGCCUCGGGCGUCCCAUGAGAUUAAGAACAGAAAAUAUCCCCGCCAUGUGCUUCUGGGAUCACUUCAAGUGGCUGGUGACGGCAUCGAGCACAGGUGGCGGAAUGUCCUACAAGUGAACGAGGUUCCCUGGCUCCAAGACCACAAGCUGGAGUCAGAGGUCCUCUUUCCUGGUGCUGGCUACCUCUGCAUGGCCAUGGAAGGCCUCAAGCAGAUUCGGGGACUGUAUGAUGUCUCCGACGAUCCUGAAAGGAGCUUUCUCUUUCGCGACGUCAACCUAAUAGCAGCAUUAGUUGUUCCUGAGAAUGCCCAACACAGUGGAGGAGGGGGUCUGGAGAUGCACACGACUAUCAAACAAUACAAGCUGUCGGCAUUCUCCACGUCACAAACUUGGUUUGAGUUUUCCAUCUCGUCCUGGGUUGAUGAGAAAGCAACACUACACUGUAACGGACAGAUUGCCUUGCAGACGGGCCAGUCUUCGGAUUGUGGUCAGACUACCACCUUGGAGGCGGCGCGCAUUGAAAACUACGAAGAGCAGCCAAUAGGCCCCUUUUACUCCAAAUUGGAUGCGAAAGGAAUGUGCUAUGGUCCUACAUUCCAAACACUUACAGGGUCCUGGGUGGACAGCAGCCGGAUACGAACUGAUGCUGUCUAUAGCACCCGUCUCACCCAGGAUGGGACAGGAUCAAGCACCACUAGGGAACCGUACGAUAUUCAUCCCACAUUGAUUGAUGCAUGCCUACAGACGCCAAUCAAUACCAUCACUUCGGGAAGAGUCUCAGAAAUGAGAGUUUUCCUUCCCGUUUUCAUAGGCAAAUGUCAGAUCUAUCCUACGGGGCCAAGUGAUACCGGGAACGAGGGAGUCAUUCACACAAUUUCUGCUCUCACAAGUCCUGGAACAAUGCGAGUAGGAUGUACGCUAAGGAAAAAUGAUGAGAAAGGCGCCACCGUGAUCAAUAUAGAAAAUGCCCGUUACACUUUGUACAACGGCAAGGAGGCGAGCCAUGCGUCGUCCAAUGGAAGAAUCCCAUCGUCCGGCAGUUAUCGCCACCCUUGCAUGCGUUUGUUGUGGAAACCAGACCUGCUCAGGGUCAAUUCCGAGUCCGAAGGCCAACUGCGCAAUUACGUGUCUCGGUUUGUCGACGCACAAGAGCCUGACAUGGCAGAGAAUGAGAGUUUUGCUCGCAUCGCAGCCAUCCUUGAUUUGGCUGGUCACAAAAAUCCAGGAAUGCAAGUCCUCGAGAUCAGUAGCCCUGGCAAGACUUCCAACGCGGGUGACUGGCAACGUCUCCUGGAUCAAGGGUCUUCCUUAUUCCCACGAUAUCGCUCGUGGGAUGUUGCCAAGCUUGAAAAGCAAAUGAUACAAGUAGAGUCUAGUGUCACGGACAAACAACAAUUUGAUGUGGUCCUAAUCCCAACGCACAUAGCUGCGUCCAAGUGUUGGGAAUGUGACCAACUGCCUCAACAAGUUGCUUCUCUAGUUGGUCCCCGUGGCAUCAUUAUUACUCGAGCGUCAGAAGCAGCAUUACACAACCUAAAGGCGUGCGGUUUCAACCCAAUCGACAUAGGCAACCGCUGCCUUCUGGGGGUGAAGAAUGAAGACGUUUCCGACUCCGUAUCAGGAAAGCCGUUUGUGGUACUUUUAGGAUCAACACCUUCACGUACUGUGGACAAGUUGGCCGAGACUCUUUCUGCCAGUCUCCUCGGUGCAUUUGGAGCGGCACGAGUGGACAUCGUUUCACUUCUGGACCUCUCUAAAAUAUCCAUAACAAAUACCUCUAUUUGCAUCUCGCUCUUGGAGGCCGAAGAAGGAUUUCUUGCUGCCAUGAAACCGGAGCAAAUGGAUAUUUUGCGCCGCCUCGUAUGCAGUGAAGCAUCCGCAAUUCUCUGGAUCACAGGGGCAGAUGCCUUAUCUGGCUACAAAACCCCGGACUUUUCACUGUCGAGCGGGCUUUUUCGUUGCUUGAAUGUGGAGCAACCCGGUACUCGUUUUUCUGUUCUCGAUAUAGGCCACUCGCUCACCACUGCCGCAUCUGAAUCACCGUCUUCGCCUUCAAUAUCCACCACGAUAGUGAGCGUAUUAAAAGCUCAACAUCCCAAAGACGACCUCGAGUUUGUUCACCAUGAUGGAAUGCUCCACAUAAGCCGAAUCGUCCCAGACGAGAGCAUGAACUCGCUAUUCAGAAGCCGCAUGCAUUCCACUUCCAACAGUCAAGCCCAUGAGACCAAGUUCAAGAACGCGGGCCAUGCACGCCUCGCUCUUGGUAAAGUCGGACUACUCAGCUCACUCCAUUUUCAAGAAGUAUGUGAGCCGACCAGCGAACUCAAGGAUGGGUACGUUGACGUGGAUGUCCGAGCCGUGAGCAUCAAUGCCAAAGACGUCUACACCAUGUUUGGACGUGUCGAAACCCACGAAAGCUCUCUUGCACUGGAAUUUAGCGGAGUAGUGAGAGCCGUAGGGCCGAAUGUCCACCUCCAGCCUGGGGAUCGAGUUGUUGCUAUGGCUCCGAACCACUGGAACACGACAGAAAGGGUGCCCGCCUCGGCUGUCCAUAAGUUGCUACCAGACGAGGACUUUUCUGUCAUGUCGACUCUACCGGUGGUAUACAGCACCGCCAUUUAUGCCCUAGAGGAACGCGCACAUUUGCAAGCUGGCGAAUCAGUCUUGAUCCAUGCUGGGGCGGGUGCAUUCGGUAUUGCGGCCAUCAGUCUUGCUCUGAGCAUGGGCGCAACUGUAUACACAACGGCCAGCACCAUAGCCAAACGAGAGUUUCUCAUGUCUGAAUUCAAUCUACCGGACAGUCACAUUUUCAACUCUCGUGACAGUUCCUUUGCAAUUCAGAUCAAGAAAGCCACUGGGGGUGCGGGCGUUGACGUGAUUGUCAACUCGCUGGCAGGUGACCUACUGCACGACGGCUGGGACUGCAUCGCCCCUUUUGGUAGAUUUGUUGAGAUUGGGAAAAAAGAUUUGGUGGAUUCUGGGAAGUUGGAUAUGAGCGUCUUCCUUCGCAGUGUCACCUUUACCGCGUUUGACUUAAGUGAGCUGUUCUACAACAAGACUCAACGUCAGCGAGGAACACUCAAUAGGUUGGUAUCAAAAGCUUUAGAGCUAUACCGCUCCGGAAAGAUACGAGCCCUCCCGAUUACCAAGUAUGAUGUGGGGGACGUGGUAGAAGCUUAUCGUCACUUUUCCAAACAAAGCCGAGUUGGCAAGGUUGUGAUAUCUUUAGAGAAUCCUGAAAGCAGUAUACCUAUCUCCCCGGCCAAGUAUCAAACCCUAUUCCACCCAGACAAAGUUUACCUUCUUGUGGGAUGCUUGGGUGGGAUCGGACGUAGUCUAUCACGAUGGAUGAUGUCUCGGGGAGCGCGCAACUUCGUAUUUAUGGGUCGUUCCGGCACCGACAAGGCUGAAGCUGGGAAGCUGGUUGCACGGCUCAAAGACGCUGGGGCCAAUGUACAUGUGGUCAGAGGGGAUGUUGUUGACUCCAAUGCAGUAGUCUUGGCCGUCAAAGCCUGCGAGGAAACUCUUUUGCCCAUUGGCGGCGUGAUCCAAGCUGCCAUGGCCGUGAGCGCUUCCAACUUCCGCGACAUGAGCAACGAAGCCUGGCAUAAGGGAAUACAGCCCAAAUGGCAAGGCACCUGGAACUUGCACAAGGCCCUCGAGAGUCAUGAAAUGGACUUCUUCCUAUGCACAUCGUCUCUGUCUGGAUGUCAUGGAAGUGCCACCGAAAGCAACUACUGCGCGGCCAACCAGUUUCUCGAUGCGUUCGCCCAGUGGCGCAAGAGACAGGGAAAGCCAACAGUGGCAGUGGCUCUCGGAGUCAUCUCUGAUGUGGGUUACGUGUCCGAGAACAGUGAUGUAAUGAACUGGCUGCUCCGCAGGGGGCUCAUGGCACUCAGUGAAGAUGAGAUGCUUCAAAUGAUUGAUCUCGGCCUGGUCAAUGAUUUGCAUUGGCGUCCACAGAAAUCGGAACUCCUGACAGGGAUGGAAACCACGCGGCUCCGGGAACUGUAUGCGCAAGGAUUCGAAGUGGAGUUUGAAGGCUGGUGGGACCCUCGCUCGGCCAUUGUCGUGUCCACGCUGUCCAGCCAGAACAAGGAGGAGACCCGGUCGGUGAGGAGCGGCGAAUCUGUCCUUGGGUCACUUCCAGCUUGGCUGAAAUCCAUUUCAAAGCCUGCCAUUGAUACUCUGAGAGAAGAAGCAGAUGCUGGGUCAUUGCAAGAGGCUCUUUUGAGAGCCAUCUCUAAACGACUGUCCAGUAUGAUUCUCUUGCCUCUCAAGGAGAUGGACUCUAACAAGCCAAUCCAUCAGUAUGGCGUGGACAGUUUACUGAUAUCAGAAUACCGUAACUGGUUUUGGAGUGCACUCGGGGUUGAUGUGCCAUUUUUGAGCCUGACUAAGGGUGACAAGUCUCUGGCUGGGCUGGCGCAAGAUGUGGUAUCAAGGCUAUCUUAG